AUGUUUCUCAAUAGUGACUUUGAUCCCAUCUUGUGCCGAUAUUUUCCAACCUUCUUAGAUGGAGCUGCUUUAUUAUGGUUUUCUAACUUACCUGCAGGAUCUAUAUCAAGCUUUGAAGAGUUUGCCAAAUUAUUUAUAAAUCAUUUUGCAGCAUCCAAAAUCUACGUGCGAGACUCGAACUAUCUCAGCACGAUCAAACAGGAACAACAUGAAAGCUUAAAGGAGUACAUGAUGCGGUUCACAGAAGUAGCUAUGCAAAUCCCCGAUCUUAACUCCGAAGUGCAGCUACACGCCAUCAAAAGCGGACUCUGUCCCGAAAAAUUCCAGGAAGCAAUAGCAGUGGCAAAACCGAAAACGCUGGAGGAGUUUCGAGAAAAAGCCCAGGGUCAAAUUGAAAUUGAAGAGCUCAGGGUGGCCAGAAGAAGCAAAAGCCCAACCAAAAAAAAUGAGGAAAGGCUACACCGACCUACAAGUAAAGACCCCCAAAAACCAUUCAAACUAGCGCCGACGUUCGACUCGUACACAAAAUUCAACACAAAAAGGGAGGACAUAAUCAAGGAAAUUCUGCACAACAAACUGAUCAAACCACCUAUCAGAGCAGGGUCAUACCAAGAUCAAAAGUAUGUGAAUCGAAGCAAACACUGUGCUUUCCAUCAAAAGUUCGAUCAUACAACAAAUGAGUGUGUGGUGGCUAAAGAUCUGCUUGAAAGGUUGGCAAGACAAGGACUUUUAGACAAAUAUAUCUCGUCAAGAAAGCAACACGACACAGAAAGAGAAGUAGAAAGAGAAAACAAGCAAAAAGAAGUCGUAACACCCCUAUCCAAGGGGAUAAUCAAUUACAUUUCAGGAGGCUUCGCUGGCGGCAAAAAUACCACUUCAGUAAGGAAAAGAAGCUACCGAGCAAUGAUGACGAUGGAAGGAUCUCGUCCGGUACGACAGACGUCGGUUCCGACCUCCCGCAUCGACUUCAGCGCGGCCGAUUUCAAAACAACCUGCCCGAACUUAGACGACCCUGUUGUCAUCUCAGUCCACAUGGGAGAGUUAAUAAUAAAAAAGGUCCUGCUCGAUCCAGUAAGCAGUGCCGAUGUCUUGUUCUACUCAACCUUCAAAAAGAUGCACUUCAGUGACAACGCACUACAACCGUCAGCCAGAGAAUUGGUAGGGUUCUCUGGAGAAAAGGAUAACGCAGUAGGGACGGUAUACGUCGACCACAAGGGGGCAAGACAAUGCUACAAUGCAAGCCUCAAAGCAGUCAAGAAGGAAGAAACACCUCGGAUACACACAGUGUACAACUCGAAAAAUAUACCAACUCUGGACGAAUUGGACCCUCGAAGUGACGACAGUCGUCCCACACCAACGGAUGACCUUGAAAAGGUUCAAUUAGGUCAGGAAGAACAAUUCACUAACAUAGGAUCCACAUUCAUUGCAGGACAGAAGGACGACCUUAUCACAAUACUAAAGACAAACGCCGACCUUUUUGCAUGGAGACUGGCAGACAUGCCUGGUAUCGACCCCAAUUUUAUCUGCCAUAGGUUGGCAGUCAACCCCAAUACCCGACCUAUACGACAAAAGAAAAGAAACUUGGGAGACGAAAGGAGAAAGGCAGCCGAGGCAGAAACAAAAAAGCUCCUGGAAGCAGGGUUUAUCUGGGAACUACGAUUUUCAGCAUGGCUAGCAAACAUCGUAAUGGUGUGA